AUGAUAUUGCUGCGGAACCCGCGUGUCGCGAGACUACCGCCGGUGGUCGGCGGCCCUGACCGUCUUGCGCACAUCACACCGAUAAUGAGACGCCGGUUGACGCGACGGGACCCAGACCCGGUGACUAGGCGCAUACCGCCCGCGCGUAGGUCCUCGAAUGGUUUAGCAAUUUGUUUGUUUACCCUUUGUCGCGUGCAAGACACGGACUUUGGGCAAAAUACCACGUGGCACUUUGUACCGGCCAAGCGGUCUGAAGGGAGUAACGGCCACACCAAAAGAUGCAAAUUAGCGUUCAAA